AAAGUUGCUCAUCACGCUAUAUAUCUUUUUACUAGACACACCAUUAAAUCAUACCCAGCCGCAAAUGAAAGGAUAUCCUAGCAUGCCAUGGUCCAAUACCAGCCCUAAUCUAGUUCUUAAUACCCAACCUUCUCAGGACACACCACAAUCACAUAUUCAUUCCACUCAAGAGUCGCUUUCUAAACCAAGCUCUCAGUCCAAUUUAUUACCCAUCACAGUUCUUUCCAAUCCUUUUUUUAAUUCCAACUUUUUUCUAUCUCCAAUGCACCAAGCAAGCUUUUCUCCUCAUUUGUCGUCACAGUUACUCAUGGCAAACAAGUCGCAUUCUCAAAAUGAAUCCAUAUCGCACCAGAAUCCAAACCCACCCGCGACAACACCGUACAAGAACAAAAACGAGCCACAAGUUUUGGAUAUAGUCAUGCCAGCCACUACGAAACCAACUCCAAGUAUGGGGUUACAUCAUUACCGUAUGGCAUCGAUGCCAUCACGUAUUACUAAUUUACAACGCGACGUGGCACCCCAGUCUAUUGUAACGACUUGGAUUCCAGUUCAAUCCCAAGAGAUGGUGCAUUCCAAACUCAACUGUCCGGACUCUACCUUGUCUUGUUCAAAACCCCCACAAUGGGGUACUUUGUCUGAUUUUUCUACCCACCAUCAUCAAGAGCUCUCUGUGGCCGUAGCAAGUGAGCCUCAGACUUCAUCUGCCAGUCCAAAGACAUUCAAGCAUCGAACAUCAGAACGACAACAACAGCAACGUCGCGCAAAACAAAACCGUGAAGCCCAACGAAGUUUUCGAACAAGACAUAAAGCCUAUGUACAACAACUCGAACAAAGGGUCGUUCAAUUACAAGCCAUGGUUGCUGUUGCCAAAUCAAGUAGUGGAUGGCAAGACGAACGACAAGAAGUGUUUAAUACUGUUUAUAAAGCGUGUAAGCCGUUUUUGGUACCUUUGAAUCAGGUUGUGUGUUCGUCGGGUGAAGGUGUGUUGACGCAGCAUUCAAAUGAACGCAAUACCUCGGUAGAGAGUGAGCGGGGCAUGCAUUCUUCAUCUGCAUCCUUACCGAGUCAGUCUGCAAUAACAUUGCUUGCAAAUGAAAUUGUACAAAGUCUAAAGGCUGUGGCUACAAAGUAUGAUACAAUGUGGGAUCGUUCCAUCAAUUUAGAUUCGGAUCCCACCAUGGUUCACGACAAUCUAAAAUGAAUCCGACGCUUUGGUGCAGGGCUAAACCAUGUACUCCAAUUUUUUGCCUAUAUGCUUUUUGCGUGUUUAUCUUGCUCUAUUUUCAAGCAUUUUGAUGGUCACUUGAACACCUAAUAAAUACUAUAGUUGAUUUGAUUCAAUUAUUCC